GAGGAAACGAGGCCGUCCAGACCUGGGCUGAUAACUCUAAAGACUCCCGAUCGAGUCACGGCCGGAGAUCCGACCCCCUCGUCGGCACCGGACAGAUCCGGCGAUGCAGUUCUUCAGCGGCUCCUCGGUGGCGCCGGAGGCGAGCCCCGCCCCGGCGGCGCCCCCUGGCACGGGCACGGGCGCCAACGCGCAGGUGCUCUACGUCUUCAACCGCAACGGCGUCUGCCUGCUGUACCGCGAGUGGCACCGCCCCCUCCGCACGCUCGACCCCACCCAGGACCACAAGCUCAUGUUCGGCCUCCUCUACUCCCUCCGAUCCUUCACCGCCAAGGUCGAUCCCACCACGGCUGAAAAGGGGAAUCUUGGGGUGCCACUACUGCCAGGCCAGGGCUGUUCAUUUUAUAGCUUCAAGACAAACACAUACAAACUAAACUUCAUGGAGAGCCCUUCUGGUAUAAAGCUUAUUCUAAUUACACAUCCAAGGACUGGUGAUCAGCGAGAUUCACUGAAGCAUAUCUACAACCUAUACGUGGAGUAUGUUGUAAAAAAUCCUCUGUAUGCUCCUGGCGCCCCAAUCAAGUGUGAACUUUUCAAUAAACAUCUCGAUCAAUAUGUGAAAACUUUAAUUUGAUAUCAUUGAGAUUUGGAUGGUUGGCAUUAGCUUAUAACAAUUCCAUUUCAUGUUCUUUAGCGUGGUGAGAUCACCAUGCUAUGUGAUUAUGACUAUUUUGAGAAAGCGAUGCUAGAGACUUCUCUGUUGCAAAAAUGGUCAUGUUCUCAUUGUGUUUGUACAAUUGCACCAUGUACUAGACCUUUAGAUGGUUCAAAGCUGUUGUCUUCGUCUGUAAUGAUUUCAAUAGCUCUAUUGUGAUCACAUUCCUGUAAAUUUCUUGUUUGAUUUCGAUGGAUGCCUUCAUGAUAGAAACUUUGUUGCCUCUUACAGUGUUA